GCAGAUAAUCCCGGCGGGCCUCCUGCUCCUACUAACUUGCGAGCAGGGCAGAGCGCGAGUCACAAUCUGCCCAAGGCGAGGGAGGGCACGAAAGACGCGCGAGAGGAAACCGACCGUACGAGGGGGGACACGAGCGCUCCGAUCUCAGCGAGCACAAUUAGACAAGUGUUGCUGAACGUGGGCUAUGCGCGCAACAAGGGGGGAGCGCAGUGUACAGAGGAGGUGAACGCUCGUAGAGGCUCAGCUUCAGACUCACAGCCUCCUUCUUGAAGAGUCACUGCACUGACAGAGGAAAGGAGUGAAGGGAAGAGAGGGACUCCUAGAAAACAGCAACUCUUGGAGAGAACUACGUGAGUACUACAGCAUACAGUUUCCAAAACAAAAAGGGUAGCGGUAGAGAAACAAGCGGAAGAGUAGACUUUUCCUGGUCACAAUCUGCUCUGGAAGAGAAAAUGAAUGUCAGCGAAGAGAACCUGCUCAAGUCCAUCAGCAACGACGCGCUCCUCGACCUGACGCAGCGCUACGGCCAGUCAGCCUUCGGGUUCGGACCCGCUCACGGCGCUGGGAGUCCCGGUCGGUUCCCUCUCACACCGACCACCGACUUCCUCUCCGGGCAGACCGCGAAGUCCAACGAGAGCGGCGGGGAGCACACAAGCGACGACGAGGACGGCUUCGACUCGCUGGAGUCCCGGAAGAGAGGCUCGUCAUUUGGGGAUGACAAGCCCGGGGGGCCCCUCGCCAAAAAGUCCAAGGAGCAGCGGUCCCUGCGGCUCAGCAUCAACGCCCGGGAGAGGAGGAGGAUGCAUGAUCUGAACGACGCGCUGGACGGCCUGCGCGCUGUUAUCCCCUACGCCCACAGCCCCUCGGUGAGAAAACUCUCCAAAAUAGCCACUCUCCUCCUGGCCAAGAACUAUAUCCUCAUGCAGGCUCAGGCUCUGGAGGAGAUGAGGCGGCUGGUGGCGUAUCUGAACCAGGGACAGACCAUAACUUCACCAAUCCCCACCGCCCUGGCGCCCUUUGGACAGGCUGCCGUCUACCCGUUCUCGGGCUCUGCACUCGCCACCUGUGCCGAAAAGUGCACCACUUAUUCCGGGACACCGUCGAGUCUCUUCAAACACUGCAACGACAAGCCUUGAUUUGGUUUCAUUCUCUUUUCCUGAACUUUUACCUUUACUGCACCCAUGUCCGUCUCUCUCUCCCACUCUAGUUAUUUUUAAAUCAUUCUGUGGAAAAAUAAAACAAGUUUAGUCUAAUGCAUAAAAUAUGGUUAAGUAAUUAUACUGCAAUGUCUCAUCCAGAUUUAACAAACGCUACAUAGAAAAUAAACACUUUGGGCCUUCCUAUAAGAUGAAGUUGUCGCUCGUACUUUACACACACCACAGGCCAUGUCCAAAAUAUGAGUUUGAUUAAAUUUUUAGGAGGAUUAAGUUAUCAGCUCUUAUUUGUAAUCUAUGCAACAUUUACCAACAUGACAAGUAGAAAUGCCAAGAAAUGCGACCUAAUUACACCUUUUAGAUUUAUUAACCCAGCAAUCAUGAAAAGGACUUCCCUCGACUGACUGUACUGAUGCUCUGUGGAGGAACACAUGUGAUGUUGGCUGAUAUAUUUUCUGAAACGAUGUGUUUGGGGUUUUUUUAAUUUUUAUUUAAGUUAUUGCACAUCUCACAUGAUUGUAUUGUAUAACUGUGGAAAAUCACUUGCUCCAAGCCCGGCUAUACUAAUGGUUAUAUAACUACAGCCUAUACAUUGAAGAAGCGUUUUUUUGGUUGUGUUGCAACAUGGAUUUCAUAUAUUGUUUAUAUGUCUUUAUAAUUAAAACACAUAUCUAUGCUUGGACCCGGUUUGCUUCAUUUCAACAGACAUUUUUUGUCACACUAAGAGCACAUUAAAUGACACAUAGAACGUGAAAUGCCAGCCACGUUUGC